UUAGUCAAUCCUCUUUGAUUGAACCGCUGCCGUUGGCGUUCGCAAAUCUCUCCUAUAAUUUCUGCGAAAAGACUGAAAAAUAACAGUGAAAAAAAAAAGUUUGAUCAUUGCAAUUGUAAUAACUUAAGAUUCUGAGAAAUGAGUGCAGUUCUUCCUAAACCUCAACUUCGAGGGUUCCUCGCCAAGAGGAUAAAAUUCCAUCUGAUUGGAGCCACAUGCACUAGUCUGGGUGCUGGACUCCUUUUCAAAAUUUUCUAUGUUGAUCGAAGGAAGAAACGAAAUGCUGAAUUCCAUAAGACGUAUGAUCCAGAGAAGCACUUCAAGGUAAUGCAGGAAAACGGUCUCCUUGAGUCAGCACCUCUCUGAAAUCUUCAUCAAAAUAAAAUAAUAUUAAAAAUAUAAUGAAAAUUAUGUAGUAAUGAAAAGAUUAAUAAGCUUGCAAUUUUGAAAUAAUUUGCAAAAUCCAACCGUAAGAUAGAAUCAUUCAGCUACUAAUUAAAAAAAUGGUUUAGAAAGAA